GAGUCGGAAGAACCGAAUCGAAGUGGACGGUCAAGGGAGAUGAUAUAUUUAAUUUCAAUCCCUAUUCUGUUCCUCCCCUCCCUUUUGGUUUUGUGCACGCGCAUUUGAUAGUGGCAGGGUUACUUGACCACUUUCUGAAAUAGUAAUUUCGUAUUUUCUUUUCGUGAGGCACCGGGCACAAGACUUGCCUAUUAUACCCAAGACACUUGGUAUUGAACCAUAUCAGACGACCACCAAGCAGUUAUAGAAUCAUUUAUCUGUUUGGCGAUGGUCCAAUCUGUCUGUUGAACCCAGUCUUCAAAAUUUCCCUCCCUUAGCUUCUCGACUUUGGCCCCCAAGUCAAAUCUAAUAGUACUGUACCACUCGGGAAGCAUCUGGGAUCAAGCUUCGACAGGAACCCUACAUCGUCCUGGUUCCUGUUCAUGACCCUGUGCCUGUCAAAAUUUUCUUCAACGGCCCUGAUCGACAAACAUAUUGGGUUUCAGCUAAUAAUCCACCAAGGUCCGAACUGCUGUUGAGAUCUGGAAAAAAAGGGUGGCUUUCAUCGACUGGGGUCUUUGUAUCGUGGGUAACCCGAAGCAGUUUGUAACUGGUCAGAACUGCUUGGGAUUGAACCGUCGGAUUUUGUUGUUUUUCUUUUAAUAUCAGCCGCACCCCAUCACCCCCUUUCAAAGAUCCUCGAUCGUAUGAGCCUGUUAGCUCAUACAAACCUCGCCGGCGAAUGGGAAAAGUAUCCAACCGAGUCGACAUGUUUCUCAGCGCCGUCUCCCGCCUCCCGCUUGUGGUGCGCGUCGCCAUCUUGCACAUGCUGCACCUGUCCCAGCAGUCGAAGUACCUCGACCUGCGGACAGAGCUCAGCAUCGCCGUCAUGCGCUCGUUUGUUCAGGACCCCAAGCCAAGGAGCAUCUCGUCCACCCAGAAGCUGCUCAACAAGGACCCGGGGGUCAAGGGCCGCAUCUGGGUAGCACGGUACACAUCCCCUGCACCGCCAGAGGUCGACGUCCGCGAUGCGCUGCUCGCUGCAGUAGAAGGCCUCAUGGACGAGUGUCUGUCUGCGAUGGCUGCAGCAGGGCCAGGGGGAGAAGGACAGCAAAGCGCAGGUAAACCUGUCUGCAGAAUCCCGGACCUAGUGCCGGUCGAGGCCGAGUGGACAGGUUACCGGGCAUCAGCGACCUCAGACUCCAAGCUGCCGUCACAUCUGUCGGAGCGCCAGAGGUAUGAUGAGAUGAUGAAGGAGUGUACGUCUCCGGUGACCGUCUUGUACUUUCACGGCGGCGCUCACUACCUCAUGGACCCGGCGACGCACCGACACGUGACCAGGAAGCUGGCCAAGCUCACGGGUGGCCGAUGCUACUCGGUGAGGUACAGGCUGGCGCCGCAGAAUCCGUUCCCAGCUGCGGUCCUGGACGCCCUGGUGUCGUACCUGACUUUGUUGUACCCGCCGCCAGGGGCUUUCCAUAAGGCCGUGAAGCCUGAGCAUAUCGUGUUUGCAGGAGAUAGCGCCGGCGGUAAUCUCUGCCUCGCCCUUCUCCAAACAAUCCUCGAACUAAACCGACAGAGCCGCGAAAUAACCUGGCACGGCUCGACCGUCUCCGUACCGACCCCCGCAGGCUGCGCCGUCAACUCCCCAUGGAUGGACAUGACGCUAUCCUCGCCGUCAUGGAAAAAGAACAGCAAGUGGGACUACCUCCCGUCGGAUGAUGGCCUAGACGACCGGCGGCCAUCAUGCGCGGCGUGGCCUGCGACGCCCCCGCGACGCAGCAUAUACGUAGACGACGCCAUGAUCCUGCACCCGUUGGCGUCACCACUAGCCGCGGCGAAUUGGGCAGGCUCCCCGCCAAUCUACGUCUGCACGGGCUGGGAGCUGCUCGCCGACGAGGACAGGUUGCUGGCGGCGAGGCUGGAGCAGGCGGGGGUCCCGGUGGUCUUUGAGGAGUACGAGGCUAUGCCGCACUGCUUCGCGCUCGUCUUCAACCACCUCGAGGCCUCGAGGAGGUGCUUUGACGCCUGGGCUGGGUUUAUCGGAAAAGUGAUUGACGGUGCGGAGGGGGACAGUGGCGUGGAGGGCAAGGGGAACUCGGUAGAGUCGAGUUUUACCACGGUCAGGGCCAAGACGCUCGAGGAGGUGCCGAUCCCGACCGGGGAGUUGAGGAAGUGGUCCGAGGAGGAGGUCAGGGAGAGGUUGGUCAGGCGGUGUCAGCAGCUCCUGCCGGCGAUCAAGGGGGAUGAUUCUGGUACUUUGGCCACGCCGAAGCUCUGAGAUUGUGGUGGACGCGUUUUUAAUGUUUUAUGUUUUAUGUCCUUUUUUUUGUCCGGUCAUGAUUGGGCGAGUGUGUUUUCUUGGUAAGCGUGUGGUGCUUUGAAGCCCUGUUUAUUUUUUGCGUAAUGUUGUUAUUUCGUCAUAUACCUAGGUGGGAUUUGUUUUGAUCCUAGCCAGCAUUGAAUGAGAGAAUAAUCCACGGG